CUUGUGUCUGUAAAAAGAAGCAGAAUAUGUUGAAAUAGUUUUGUAAACAAAAGUGCAAUACUUCAUUGCAAGUUGAAGAAAAUAGUAAGCUACAAAACUCAAAAUGGAUAAAGCCGAUUCCACACAGUCAUCCAAUCCACGACGCAAAAUCCUAAGCUUGGCGGUGUCACAAAUUUUAAUGGAAAAAGGUUUUGACACCGUUGACAAGGAGUGCCUGGAAACGCUUACUGAAAUGCUACAAAGCUUACUUGUGGAAGUGGGACAAUCAGCACGAAGUUUCUGUGAGCUUUCUGGACGCACCAUACCUGUAAUUGGUGAUGUGAUUGUAGCACUUGUCAACAUGGGCAUAUCACUUCAGGGUAUUGAAGCUUUUGCUAAGCGUGAUGGUCGUCAGAUCAUACCAAUGCCAUCACAAGCUUCGCAACAAAAGCAACUAAAUCUACUACAAGCGGGCACAAAAUCUUCACAUCCACCUCAUGUGCCCAACUAUUUGCCUGCAUUGCCCGACCCGCACGCAUAUGUGCGAACACCGACGCAUAAACAACCUGUGACAGAGUACGAAGCUAUACGUGAAAAAGCAGCUAACCAAAAAAGAGAUGUUGAAAAGGCUUUAACCAAAUUCCUGUCAAAAACAUCUGAAACGCACAGUCUUUUUGACAAUGAAGACAAUAUGUUUCCUUUAAUUGCCUGCAAACCCGCAUUCCCACCUUAUCUGGCCGCAUUGAAUCCCACAGAUCAAGUAUUUGAUUUCGAAGAGUUGGAAUAUCACUACUUGGUGGCAAAUCGUACGGAAGAUGUGACAUCCAAGGAUGACAAUGACGAAAAUGAAAGUGGUAACGAAGAUGAGGGUGAUGGAGAAAUAAAAGCUGAUACAAAAAGUGAAAAAGAUGUUAAGCCCGAAAAUGAAAUCAAGCCUAACUCAACGACCAAUAAAGCUAUUUUAGAAAAUCCAAACAUAGAUAAUCCAUAUCUAAGGGCAGCAACACUACCUAAACGAGCUAAACCAGAUCCCGCACUGCUUGUCGCCACUGCAACUGCUUCAUCGACAAGUAGUGGUGCGGGUAACUAGCCCUUAAUAUUUAUUUAUUUAAUGCGUUGAUAAAAGCAUAUAAUUUAGUACAAACAACAAAAACAAAUAUUUUCCUUUGCGAUCUUUUUUUUUUUACAUUUAAAAUGACGCCGUCACAUUUUGCUAAAUGACAGCUUAGGAAUUUCAAUCAGCUGUUAUUCUACCGGCAGGUGUUGUUUACAGUUACCGUACCGAAUUUGCGUACAAAAGAGUAAAAAAUUCCUUUAAUCAAAGGAUAGUUAUAUAUUUAAUAAAAAGUGAAGUAGAUUUUCCAACAA